AUGGUCGCCAUCACAGAGGAUAUUUCUGCCCCUCGAUUUGCGAUUCUGCAAGACCUCUUCAGCGACAGUAUAUCUGCAGAGCAAGCCGCUGACUAUUUGGCUUCAAUAUCCUUGGCAAAUGACUCAGAUCCCGAGGAGGGAAUUACCAGCCUAUGGAGCUUGAUAUUCAAGUGUGCAUAUGACUUCCCCGAUCGCCAUGACAAACUCGUCAAUGUGCUAGUCCAACUCUCAAAACUCCCAAAUGCAACAACGUCAAACGGAGAUCCCAUUUCGCUCCACGAUAUGCAAGUCUGGAAAGAUCUACCCAUGCUUGGCUGGCAAUUCCGCGAUGAGUGGAAUGCAUCCGUACCAGCUGGACCCCCCGACUCUCGUCAAAACGCAAUCUCGCGAAUUAUUAGCCGGGACAGAUUCACCGCACGGUUAAUGGCGACAAAAGAACCUGUCUUUGCAUACUCCUGGUUUGCGCUGAUUACCCUACGCGAGGCACUGGAAACACCAACAGAGCAAUCCGGGGGGAAACUAGAAGCAUUGAUUCCUGCUGCUGCUGCGUGGAUCAAUAUUCUCGGGGCAGGUAUCUAUCAGUGGAAUGAAGGUUUUGAUGGCGCUCUCGGGAAAGGAGGCCCGCUCUGGAAAGGUCAACACGGGUUUUGUAACGAGAGGUGGCAGUUUUGGAAGGAGAGAUUUGGCGAGUUGGCUAUAAUAGAAGAGAUUGGAGACGAAGUGAGAACCGCAGCAAGGGAUGCUCAGCGGACGAUGGAGGGGAUUGAGGAGUGA